AUGCCCCUUCCUAACCAUUCCAUUAAAGUAAGGCUGGGAGGAGAAAUUCUUCCUUCAUUCUCAGAUGUACCUUCUUGUUCCACAGAUAAGGUCAAGUGCUUCUCAGACUACCCAGCCCUGUGGAUCCCCAGGAGCCACAUAGAGAGUUUGAGGAUGGGACUGAGCAGAAUUCUGCACUUGCCAGGGAGGGAACAGUUAUUGGCUGGGUUGGCCUUUGCCUGGGGAGAGAUGCCUAAAGCAAAUUACAGGUUGGAAAUCAGAAUAUUUCAAACAAGGGUGAAAAGGUUGGAGCAGUGAGUCUGCUACAUAAUGAAGUCAGUGAUAACAUCCAGGCUGGGCCAGGAGAGUGUCCACCGUGGGCCCACAUCCGUUCAGACCCCAUGGCUGCUGUCCCUUCGGGGGGAGCUGGGAGCUUUUCUUCAAGAAGCUGGCCUGGUGGGAUUCUAGCUGGGCAUCGAUACCACCCCCAUUACCGUCCAAGGCCCAAGGCAAGACCUGCUUCAGAGGCGGGGGGUGCUGAACCCCUCCAAGGAGCUCCUGCCAGUCCGGCUGGUGAACAGCUCUUAGGCCUGUUCUUUAGAAGCUGCUUGCCUACUGGGGUCAUCCCAGCCAGAGUCGGAGGUCUUGCUUCACAUCCCAAAGCAGAGACUGGGUCUGGUCAAAAAAAGGCUCCCACCCGCACCUGCACAGGGACCCGAAACAGGGACCUUAACUGCCGUGCUGAGGACUGCUCCGUCUCCACCGUUCCCAGGAGAGGAGACCCUUCCUGCAGGAAUUCCAUCUGCUGUCUCUCCCCAGUUCCAAACUGCAGGAUCAGCUGCCGCGGAUGGCCUCUGGGAAGGGCUUUGUCAGAGCUUCGCUCUCGAGCCUUCCGAAGCCCAGUCCAUCACCUGGCCUCCCCACCGCAGUUUCCUCGGAGGGGCCCCAGCCCCACGAGGCAACAUUCCCCAGAGAAAGCGGGGGGCCCCCAAGAGUUCCCAUCUGAGGGCGGCUCCCUUCGAGCUCUCCUGUCUUGUUCACGGCCCCCGGGGCCUUCAGAGCCGGCAAAAGGAGGUGGCGGAUGUCUCCUCUCCUCGGCUGCCUCUCUGGGCGUCCGAACAGUCCGAAGUGUUCCUGGUCUCAAGGCCAUCUGUCACCCUGAGUCUGGGAGCUCUAAGGCCUGAGCAGGGCCCUGCCCAGCCACCCGGAGGGCUCCUCCCGCUGGGAAUGUUGUGGGGGGACGUGGCUGCCAACUAGCCCAGGCGAGAAGGACCUGGCCGCGCUGGCCAGGAGGUCUGGCCUUUGACGAGGCUCUCGAUGACCAGCGUGGAUGAAGAGGCACUGGCUUCCUGAUGUUCCCCCCACCCCGACCCCCAGAUAGCCCCAGGAAACAUCCUCCAUAAUGGAGGCCUCAGGACCAUCAGGGAGGAGGGUAAGGGGCACCUAGACCUGCCAUCCCGACCAAGUCAGGACACGGCGGGGCCGGGACUCAUCCUCCUGCUGGGAAUGGAUAUGCCGCAGUCACUGCUGCCGUCAGCCCUUCUAAGGUGUGGUGGCAGCAGCUAGGCCCAGCACCCGCCUGAGCCCUCGGGGAGGCACAGGGUAGGCCCAGCAACUGCCAGUCGCAGGCAGCCCCUGACGGCUCUUCUGGAGAGUUCACUGGCCUGCACCUCUAAGGAGCCCGCGGCUUCAUCGGAGGGCGGGUAAGAGAGAGCCUGAGGCCUCGAGUCAGCCUGGCCAGUGGAGCAGGCUGAGUGGGGGGCCGCGAACAUGUCCAGCAAAUUCAGAGCCUCAGGCAGCGAGCGGCAAGGCUACGCGGAUCUGGGCACGUGGCCCAGCUCAGCGGACGGCGCAGCUGCAAGCAACCACUUUACGCCUCUCCCCUUGCUCCACUCCACGCUGACUCAAACCCGGGACAAGCUGCGUUUCAUGAGAAAGCUAGAGCCGGGAAGAUCCGGGGUCCUUCUCCUGGACCCCGCGGCUGGAGAAGGGUCGGCCCUGGACCUCGCGAGUUCCUUCGCUCAGCAGCCGGGUCCUGAGAGCGGGGGCUGCAAUGUGGAGAGCGGGCGGCAGGGGGCAGCAUAA